UAUUCAGCACCACAAAGAACCUCAUUCGGUAGUACCGCGUUUGCUAGAAAAUGAAUUACUUUGUGGUUCUUGUGGUGAUUUUAGUACCCUUUGGUACUUGCAUUGAUCUUCCUUCCGGUUUUAAAAAAUGCAAUAUGAAAAAAAUCGAUUUCAACCAGUGCUUAGGGAGUGCUAUCCAUGAAGCUGUCAGAAAAUUAGACUCAGCUAUUACGUCACACGAUUUGCAGAGUUUGUACCAUGUUCAGUUCAGACCCCAAGACGUGAUGGAAUUCGGGAAUCGGAGUUUGUCGGGGCUGAAACAAAAAUUCAGUAAUCUUUCGUUUUUGGGGCUUUCUAGACCUGAGAAAACUGUAGCUAGACUGGACUACGAAAAUAAUACGUAUACUUUGACCGUGAGUUUAACUUAUCGGGAUAUAUUGUUCCAAGCUAACUACGAGUGUGCAGGUACUAUCGUCAUGUUGCCUCUCAAUGCUAUGACACCCGUAGAAGUACUAAUGGUAAACCCGACCUUAACGUACAUUUUUAAACUGGAACCGUACUACAAAGGUACUACCUAUCUUAGAGUACUCGAUGCUACGGCGGACGGACGAACGCAGGGUUUGAGAUGGAACUUCAAACAGUUGUUUGAAAAUAAACACCUCAAUGAAGAGUUUAACGCCGCAAUGACCGAAAAAGGGGCCGAAAUUUUUACUCUUUACAAGUUCUUGGAAAGUUCAUUUACACCAUACUUUGCCUUUUUGUUAGACAGCUUUUUGAGCAAAGUAUCGGUCGCUGAACUUUUUGAUGGGUUUUAGGUACUACUUUGACUGUAUACUAAUCUCGUUAUAUUUGUGUAAAAAUGUGAAUAAAUAAUACCACGUUUA